AAGGUCAACCGACUGAGCCACCCAGGCGCCUCAGGACUGUGCUUUUUAAAAACGAAACAAAAAAGCCACCUUAACUUCAGCCAGAAUGGCCAAAACCAGCCAGCGAGUCCGGCAGGCCUGCUCGCCUGGGGUGGGAGCCAUCGCUUUCCAAGUCCAUAGGUAACUUUUCCCCUCACGACAGACAGCAGCCCAGCUGCUGGUUCCAGCCAGGACGCCUGCAGUAGCCAGCCAGGCGCCACACAUUCGCCAUCCCCCCUCCACGUGCCCUUCCUUUGCCCAUCAGCGCCCUUGCCACAUUUCCCCGCUCGUGCGGAUCGGCAGGUGUGGCUUCUGGGUUCUCUGACCGUAUCGCUAGCGGACGCCCCGACCGGCGUGAACUACUCAGCCUCACUGCACCCCGUGGAGCGGAAAGCGUUUCUUCCAUUUUCCUUCCAUUGAGCAGAUGAGGAGGCCACGUCCUGGAAAGUCAGUAAUACACGUCCGAUCCCACAAGCUACCUCUUUCUAGAAUAAGCAGGGGGAGAUUCUCAAGUGGGAAUGUCGCGCUCACAGAUCCAAAAGUUGGACUCACCAGUUCAGUAGGAAACGGGCCAUGUGUUCCCGAGAGAUCUGAGUCCUAGCAGAAUCUGACCUCCGGGCUUCGCUCCCUGCUCCCUGUGGAUCUCCUGUUGGCCACGGCCUUCGGCCCUCUUGUAAAAAGGUGGGGGGGGCGGCCUUUCUUGAGCAGAAUCGAUGUGAUAUUUUAGGAGUUAGUGACCUUCGAGGAUGUGGCCGUGGCCUUCUCCCGGGAGGAGUGGGCCUUGCUGGACCUUGCUCAGAAGAGGCUGUACAGAGAGGUGAUGCUGGAGACCUACAGGAACCUGGCCGCACUGGAAACCUUGAAGACCCGAAGUGCUGGUGCAGGCAUUGAGUUUGGUGUGCUGUCCGCAGCCCAAGCCUCUCAGGCCGCCGGUCCUUCCCCGUGGGUGGGGGGUUCGCUCUUUCUACCAGUGGUGCCUUUCCAGCUGGAGCAAGGAGCAGCUGUGUGGAUGGGGGGGGAAGGAACUCCCCAGACCUCCUGUUCAGAUUUGGCUGCUAUACUGAAAAGCCAAGAGUCAUCUUGUAAGAAGGUGGUUUGGGGGGAAGAACCACCCAGUGGUAUAGUAAAGCUUCCCAAAGGAGACUGGGGCUGUGGUCAACUUGAGGAGAAUCGCGAAGUCCUGCACAGGCUUUGGAGGCAGCUGGCGUACCCCCAGGCGGAGGUGUUUGCUCCAAGGGAGACCACUGCCUGGCAUGAGUUUGGGGAAGCCUGUAGUAUGAGCUCAGACCUUGCUUUGUCUCCAGGAGGUUCUGUAGAAGAACAUUCCCACGACUGUGGUCUAGAUAUUGAGAGUUUGGUAGCUAAUCCAUUCUUAAACCAUCAUCAGAUGGCAUAUACAGAUCAGAGACCCUGUGAAGGGAGCGAAUGUGGAAAAGACGGCCACAAUAGUGCCUUCAGUCAACACAACAGAGCCGCCGAAAGCGGGGAAUCAUUUCCUCGCGGUAUGGCUCUCACAACACACAACACAGUGAAUACAGCGGGGAAACCCUUUGAGUGUCACCACUGCGGGAAAGUGUUUAACCGGAGGCAUUCCCUGAGCGAACAUCAGAGAAUCCAUACAGGAGAGAGACCAUAUGAAUGUCAGGAAUGUGGGCGAGCCUUUACGCACAGCUCAACCCUCACACGACACUUGAGAACUCAUACUGGAGAGAAACCCUAUGCGUGCGGCGAGUGUGGGAAAGCCUUCAACAGGAUUUCGUCUCUCACCCAACACCAGAGGAUUCACACAGGGGAAAAGCCCUACAAAUGCAAAGACUGCGGAAAGUCCUUCUGCCAGAGUUCUUACCUGGUCUUGCACAAGAGAACGCAUACGGGCGAGAAGCCCUAUGAAUGUAACGAGUGUGGAAAGGCCUUCAGUGAUCGUUCCUCGCUUAACCAACACGAGCGGACUCACACCGGUGAGAACCCCUAUGAAUGUAAUCAGUGUGGAAGAGCCUUCAGUCAGAGGUCUUCCCUCGUUAGGCACGAGAGGACUCACACCGGAGAGAAACCGUACGGCUGUAGCGAAUGUGGGAAAGCGUUCAGCCAGAGCUCGUCCCUUAUCACACAUCAGAAAACUCACACCAGUCAGAAAACCUAUAAAAUAAUUGAUUGUGGGAAAGCUUUCUAUCAGAGCAGCAACCUCAUUGGGUCACUGUCCAAUCAAGGGCACCAGAGGCGGGUCUCGGAAAAGUAUCCAGUCAGGAGCCCUGGGAGAAGGAGGACCCCGAGCACCAUCCAAUCAGGGCGCGGGGGCCCGGAACACCGUCCAAUCAGGCGCGGGGGCGGGCGCGCUUGCGGCCGCGUGGACGUGGCUCCGGGCAGGUCCCGGGGGCUCCUGCGCACCUGCCCGCGCGGACCCAGGUGUCCUCCUCUCACCUGCCCGGCCCUCGGGCCCGCGGGGAAGACGUCUUCCCCGGAGAGCUCGGAGCCGAGACCCGACAUGGACUCAGUGGUCUUUGAGGAUGUGGCUGUGGACUUCACCCUGGAGGAGUGGGCUUUGCUGGAUUCUGCUCAGAGGAAGCUCUACAGAGAUGUGAUGCUGGAAAACUUGAAAAACCUGGCCGCAGUGGAUGAUGAGACUCAAUUGAAGGCCAAUGGGUCUGUUUCUCAGCAGGAUGCUUAUGGGAAUAAAAUAUCCAAGGGAAACAAAUUGGCAAAGUUCACCAGAAAUGAAUCCUGGGCCUCCAUUUUAGGGAAAAUUUGGGAAGAACUCAGCACGGAAGAUCAGCCCACAAACCAGGGGAGACAUCUGAGAAAUCCUGUGGUAGAGAGACUCUCUGAAGGUAAUGGUCAGUGCAGGGAAGGCUCCAGUCAGAUUCCAAAUCUUAAUCUGUGUGAGAAAACUCUUUGCGGAGUUAAAGAGGAUGAAUGCAGUGAGUAUGAGAAAGUCUUCGGGCGUCCCUCCCUCGAGAGUCACAUCGCCAUGCACGCUGGACACAAAGCGUAUCGGUGUCAGGAGUGUGGGCGGGCCUAUAGCUGUCGUGCACACCUAAGAAUCCAUGGGAGAACCCACAACAGAGAGAGAACCUACGCGUGUAAAUUAUGUGGAAAAACCUUUCCUCGUACCUCUUCCCUCAACCGGCACGUAAGGAUUCACACUGCUGAGAAAACCUAUGAGUGUCAGCAGUGUGGGAAAGCCUUCAUUGAUUUCUCAAGUCUCACUAGUCAUGUGAGAACUCACACUGGAGAGAAGCCAUAUAAGUGCAAGGAAUGUGGGAAAGCCUUCAGUUAUUCCUCAACUUUCCGGAGACACAUGAUAACGCACACUGGAGAGAAGCCCUAUAAAUGUAAGGAAUGUGGGGAAGCCUUCAGCUACUCCUCAACUUUUCGGAGGCAUAUGAUCUCACACACAGGGGAGACACCACAUAAAUGCAAGGAAUGCGGAGAAGCCUUCAGCUACUCCUCAGCUUUUCGCAGGCACAUGAUCUCACACACUGGAGAGAAGCCCUACGAAUGUAAACAGUGUGGGAAAACCUUUAUUUACCUGCAGUCUUUCCGGAGACACGAAAGGAUUCACACUGGAGAGAAACCCUACGAAUGCAAACAAUGCGGGAAAACCUUCAUUUAUCCCCAGUCCUUUCGAAGACACGAAAGGACUCAUGGUGGACAGAAGCCCUAUGAGUGCAGCCAGUGUGGGAAAGCCUUCAGCCAUCCCUCGUCCUUUCGAGGGCAUAUGAGAGUGCACACUGGGGAGAAACCUUAUGAAUGUAGUCAGUGUGGCAAAACUUUCAACUGGCCCAUCUCCUUACGAAGACAUAUGAGGACACACACCAGAGAGAAACCCUACGAGUGCAAACAGUGUGGGAAAGCCUUCAAUUUGUCUGCUUGCUUUCGAGAACAUGUGUGGAUGCAUCCAGGAGACAAGUCCUAUCAAUGCAAGCUAUGUGGGAAAGCGUUCUAUUGCCACAUAUCCUUACAGAAACACAUGAGAAGGCACACCGCAGAGAAACUCUAUGAAUGCAAGCAGUGCGGGAAAGCUUUCAGUUGGCCUGAACUCCUGCAGCAGCACGUGAGAACACAUACCGCGGAGAAGCCCUAUGAAUGUAAGGAAUGCGGGAAGGUCUUCAAAUGGCCGUCAUCCUUGCCGAUACAUAUGAGAGUGCACACUGGAGAGAAACCCUAUGAAUGUAAGGAGUGUGGGAAGGCCUUUAGUUGUUCCUCAUCCUUAAGAAGACAUGUAAGGAUACACACUACCGAGAGACACUACUUAUGCACUGCGGGAAAUUCUGCAGAUGAAUUCAUGCCCCGUGCUUCAGAAAAUCCACACCAGGAGAGAAAUCUGAUAAAAGUUGUAAAUAUGGUACUGCCUGUGUGAGAACCCCAUCAAAGUGGACCCAUGGGGUGUGCAUUUGUAGUUCUUUUACAGAUAAAAACUUGGGUGCAGAAUAGGUCUCCAAGUACUCUUAGCUUUCAUAUGAAAGUUUGCAAAAUACUAUGUUUUCCCCUACAUUUCAGUAAAUAAACCUAUCUUUACAGUUUGUUGGACUCCUGGUG